AUGUCUUCAUCAGAGGAAACACUAAGACUUGGUCUCUCCGAGGCCGCGGCCAUCUUGGAGGAGAAGAUCACACUGGAUGCUGGUGGAGAGAUAUGGAAGAUCAUGCGUUCAGAGCAACAAGAACAAGACCCAACAAACCUAUACAUCUCAAACUUGCCAAUUUCAAUGGAUGAACAGGAACUAGAAAACAUGUUGAAGCCAUUUGGACAUGUUAUCUCUACUAGAAUAUUACGAGAUGCCAGUGGAGUGAGCAGAGGAGUUGGGUUUGCAAGAAUGGAGUCUACUGAAAAAUGUGAAGUGGUAAUACAACAUUUCAAUGGAAAGUAUUUGAAAACACCUCCAGGUGUACCAGCUCCACCAGAGCCUUUGCUGUGUAAAUUUGCUGAUGGAGGGCAGAAAAAGAGGCAAAAUCAGAGCAAAUACACACAAAAUGGAAGGCCGUGGCCGAGAGAUGGAGAGACUGGGAUGGCACUAACUUAUGAUCCAACAGCAGCUAUACAGAAUGGAUUUUAUUCUUCCCCCUACAACAUUGCAACAAAUCGAAUGAUUCCACAGACAUCAAUAACACCUUUCAUUACUGCUUCCCCUGUGUCAACAUAUCAGGUGCAAAGUACAUCAUGGAUGCCUCACCCGCCAUAUGUUAUGCAACCAACGGGGGCUGUACUAACACCAACAAUGGACCACACCAUGUCAAUGCAACCUGCCAGUAUGAUGGGCCCUCUAGCACAGCAAAUGAAUCACCUCUCCUUGGGGACAACAGGAACAUACAUGACUGCUGCUGCACCUAUGCAAGGGACCUACAUUUCCCAGUAUACUCCUGUGCCUCCAUCAACUGUUCAAGUUGAGGGUGUUGUCGCUGAUACCUCCCCUCAAACGAUACCAUCUUCAUCACACGAAGCCAGUGGACAGCAGCAACAAAUAUCGGUAGAGACCAGCAAUGAACAUGCAUCUGCAUACUCCUACCAACAGUCUAAACAAUAAACAGGACUGAGAAAUGUUGGUCAGAAAACCUUGCCUUGAAUGGAUACACUUCAUCUAGAAGUUGACUUCCAGUUUGCACAGGCAUCAGACAAAAGCUUUUUUUUUUCUUUCAUUUUUCUACCUUGCUCAAAAGUGUUUUUUAUGUGCCGU